AUUUCCUUUAACAAACUACCCAAUUUGUUUUUCAAGGGUUAGAGGUAGGCAAAUGGGAUGUUCAACACUGCUUUUCAUCUUCUUUUCUUCAAUUAAUCUCUGCUUUGCUUCUGCUCUUAAUGACUACAAGUAUAAGUGUGUUAAUAAUGGCAAGUUCGCUGGCGGUAGUACUUACCAGGCCAACAUCGACCACCUCUCCGCCCAAAUAACCGCAACCAAGGAAUUUAAUUAUGGGUUUUACAAUAUGACUGUCGGCCAGAGACCCAAUCAGGUGAAUGCAAUUGGACUCUGUAGAGCAGACGUAAAGCGGGAUGCCUGCAAAAGCUGCCUCAACGACACCGUCCCCGAACUCAAGCAGAGCUGUCCUAACAGAACAGAGGCGAUCGCAUGGUCGGACUUGUGUAUGUUGCGCUACUCAAGUCGAAAUAUUUCUGGAGCUAAUGAAACCAUGCCUGACUAUUCUGUUGAAAAUUAUUUAAGUGUGUUCAAUAUUGAUCCAUUCAAUGUUAUAUUGAAUUCCUUGUUGACAAAUUUGAGCAACCUUGCGGCGGGUGAAGGCCCUCUUCGCAAGUGGGCGGCAGGUAACACAACGGGUCCAGAUUUCUUUGAUAAAGCAAUGUACGCAUUUGUACAGUGCACCCCCGACCUGUCUCAGCAACAAUGCAGCAAUUGCCUGGCGAUAGCCACCUCAAAGAUUCCUUAUUACUGCGAUGGGGCGAUUGGAUGUAGAGUUCUACAACCCAGCUGUAUGUUGAGAUAUGAGGUUGGUCCCUUUUUAGGCCCCGUUGAUGAUAUUCCUCUGCCGCCAUCGCAGAUACCGUCUUCACCUCCUCCUACAGAAGGAAAUGGAAGCAAGAAAACAAUCAUCGUUAUUAUUAUUGCUUCCAUUCUCAGUGUCGUGUUGCUUGUCAUCCUCUGCCUUUGGAUUUGUCUAAGACUCAGAAAGUCAGGGGAAAAGGAUAACGCUGAAGAUGAAAUUAUUAAGGUUGAGUCCUUGCAAUAUGAUUUUGCCACAGUCCAGGAGGCUACAAAUAACUUUUGCGACGAAAAUAAGCUUGGACAGGGAGGCUUUGGAGCUGUUUACAAGGGCCACCUUUCAAGCGGACAAGUUGUAGCCGUAAAAAGGCUAUCUAGUGGUUCUGGACAAGGAGAUAAAGAGUUCAAAAAUGAGGUCCUUUUAGUUGCCAAGCUUCAACAUCGCAAUUUGGUCAAGCUUCUUGGUUUUUGCUUAGAAGGAAAAGAAAGACUUCUCAUAUAUGAAUUUGUGCCAAACGCAAGCCUUGAUCAUUUCAUUUUUGAUCCAAUAAAAAAUGCACAAUUAGAUUGGGAAAUGCGUUACAAAAUCAUAGGAGGCAUUGCUCGAGGUCUUCUUUAUCUUCAUGAAGAUUCUCACUUACGAGUUGUUCACCGUGAUCUUAAACCCAGCAAUGUUUUACUAGAUAUUGAGAUGAAUCCGAAAAGAGGGUUCAACCGAUCAAAUGAUAAGAUGCAUCCAUAUUGGGUUACUUUGUGUUCAAGAAAAUGCACUACAGAGACCAACCAUAGGGUCACUUGUCACGAUGCUUACCAACAACUAUAUGAUUCUCCCAAAACCCUCACACCCUGCGUUUCUCUUGCACAAAAGGAUUCAGACGUCAGACACGUCGUCAUCUUCCCGUGAAUCUCAUCAGGCCAAUAAUAGACAUUCCCUGGCUUCAGUAAACGAGGUCACAAUUUCUGAGCUAAAUCCAAGAUAGCCGUUAAGGUUUCUGUAUAACUGUUAUUUAUGCAAAGGUGGAUGCCUCCAGACAUUCUGCCUCGUGGUGUGGGUGGCUAUUGCUUUUCCUUUUCUUCUUUAGGUUUUUCUAUGUUAAGGGUAUAAUAAAUGAUUCAUUUUAUA